AGAAUUUCAAAAAGCAACCAACAAUGGCUUUCCCGUUUCCACUUUCCAGCCUUUGGAAACCAAAAGAAAGAAAGAAAGAAAAGUCUCCAUCAACAAUGGCUCUCUAAUAUCUUCACUGGCCAAUCUCAUCCUUAGUCCCAAGUGGAUAAUCACCACAUGUACGCCAAUUUCGGUAGCAGAAGCAAAACAAGAAAAUAUGAAAGGAAUGAAGGGGAGAUUCCUAAGGAAACUGAAAUCCGUUUCCACAAUCACCACUCUCAAACAAGGCCUAGUUUUUCAUGUAAAUCCUUCCAAUCCAAACUUCCAAACACCACCAGUACUCUACAAAGAACAAGAACACAAGAACAACCAUCCAGACCUCAAUUCUAGCAAUAUCUGUGGAUCCAAGGCCUUAAAUGAUGUCAAAGAUGCAGAAAUCGAAUCAGGCGUUGACGGAGAAAGCCUUAGACCCCCCAUAAAGUCCAAAGACGUAGUGCCUGCCCAGCACAAAGCAGAAUUUGGGACUGCAUUGGUGUCUGUAGAGGUACAAUUACUGAAAGAAUCACAAGCCUUUGAGCCUAUAGUACUCAUGGAAGAUAGUUGGUGCAAUGAAGUGAAUAAGUUGAAGAGUGAAGAAUUUGCAACACUGUCAGGUUUUGAAGAGAAGUGUCCACCAGGAGGAAGCGAGUCAGUCAUUCUGUACACAACAAGUUUGAGAGGCAUCAGGAAGACAUUCGAGGACUGCAGCACUAUCCGGUUUCUGUUGGAAAGUUUUCGAAUCAUGUUCUACGAGAGGGAUGUUUCGAUGCAUCUGGAAUUCAGGGAAGAGCUGUGGAGGAUCCUGGGUGGCAGAGUAGUCCCACCAAGGCUUUUCAUCAAAGGAAGACACAUUGGAGGGGCUGAUGAGGUGGUCGGAUUGCACGAACAAGGGAAGCUCAAGAAGCUGUUGCAAGGGAUACCACUAAAUCCAUCCAAUUCUCCCUGCAAUGGGUGUGCCGGGUUUCGAUUUGUUUUGUGCUCCAACUGCAGUGGCAGUUGCAGGAUCAUCCCGGAUGAGCAGCUCAAUGAAUUGUCAAUUAGAUGCCCUGAGUGUAAUGAAAAUGGACUUGUUAAGUGUCCAGUUUGCUGCUAGAUAUCUAAUUUGUUUCUUUACUAUUGAUUUCUAGCUUAUGUAAUAUAUAUGAACUUCAAAACUUUCAUCUGUAUGGUACUAACAAACUAUGGAAAUUUUUUUU